AUGUGGGAUCUCAACCCGUAUUAUCUAAUGACCAUCGUGGUCAUAGCCUGUGGCGGUAUCCCCAAAGGCUAUGACGAAGGAGGAUUCAGCGCCUCGACGGGACUCAAAUCUUUCCAGCAUGAUUUUGGCCUCGACUCGUCGUUAUGGAAGAACGACCCCAGUGGCCUGGCCGACAGGAAGGCUAACAUCUCGUCAUUUGGUGUCCUGGGUGCAGCCUUUGGCGCUAUCAUCGCGGUCGGUAUCUGCGAUAGGCUUGGGCGACUUCGAUGCUGGCAGAUCUUCGCAACGUGGUGGAUGACCGGCCUGCUCAUGCAGAUCUUCUCUUCGGGCAUCCUGGGCCUCAUGCUGUUCGCUCGUAUUUGGGGUGGCUUGGGGGCUGGUGGUCUGACCGUGGUUGCACCGUUGUACCUGUCUGAAAUCGCUCCGGCCAAGUCUCGGGGUACGGUCUUUAGCAUGUACAUGGUGGCGCUGCUGACCUUCCUCACUCUCGGCUUCUUCAUCAACUACGCUGCUAACGCAACCAUGGCAUCGACUCGGAUGCAAUACCGGCUUGUGAUGGCUAUCCCCUUGAUCCCGGUUGGAAUCGCCUUCCUCUUGAGCUUCACUCUGAACGAUACACCUCGUUGGCUCAUGUCGAAAGACAGAUCCGAAGAUGCUUUGCAGGCAUUGUCACGUCUCCGUGGAGCCAAGGCGGAGGACCUAGGUCAGGAGUACGAGGAGAUACAAGUUCAUAUUCGAGAAAAGGAGCAUGCGCUGGCUGGAACUCCGAUCUGGGCCCUCGUCAAGGAGGUUGCAACCACACCGUCCUAUCGUGAGAGGUUUCUUCUUGGAGUGGCGAUGCAGACGAUUGCGCAGUGGUCCGGCGGCAACGGCAUCACCUACUACAUCCCCGAGAUCUUCAAGUACGCCGGCGUUGUCGGCCAGAAUACCUCCCUGAUCACGAGCGGAGCCUACGGCAUCGUCAAGCUCGUCUUCACCAUGAUCUUCACCUGGGGCCUCGUCGACGUCUUCGGCCGCCGCCCCUGCUUCACGGUCGGCCUGUUCCUGCAGUGCAUCACCCACAUCUACAUGGCCGUGUACAUGUCCAUCUUCUCGGACGGCAGCAACAAGUCGGCCAGCGACGCGGCCAUCGCGUCCGUCUUCGUCUACGCCGUGGGCUGGUCCGUCGGCCUCUGCACCGUGCAGAUGCUCAUCGGCACCGAGAUCUACCCGACGCGCAUCCGCAACGUCUGCUACGCGACCAACAUGGCCAUCCACUGGUUCUUCCAGUUCGCCGUCGUGCGCGUCACGCCCAACAUGUUUGUCAGCCUGCACGUCUGGGGCGCCUACGUGUUCUGGGCGUGCGUCUGCGGCGCCGGCCUCGUGCUGCUGUGGCUGUGGGUGCCCGAGACCAAGGGCGUGCCGAUGGAGCGGAUGGAGGAGCUCUUCGCGGGCCGCUGGUUCAUGGGCUGGCGGGCCAAGGUGGACCUCACGACGACGGAUCCCGUGGUGCUGGAGAAGCGGGUUUCGUACGAGCGGGGGACCAGCUGUAAUGUUGAGCGAGCGUAG